AUGCACUUAUUAACUUUGUUAUUCGUUUUUCUCGUUCCGACUUAUGCUUCGAUUCUCAUCUCUUCAACUGAUGCUUCUGAAGAGCUUAUGAUGAAAUCAUUUUGCGAAGGUCAAAAGAAAGCGGCAACAUUAUUGAAAGAAGAAAAUCGAAAAACAACGACUAAACUUACGGAUAUUCUCUGCAAAGAAUCUUUCCUAAAGGAUUUGAAAGAAGCGGCUCCAUUAAAGAAAUGCAUCGAGAAAACAGAGGUCGAGAAAGCACUUGAGACUUGUGGAGAAUUGGGCAAAAUGAAAACUUGCAGUGAUGUUGGAAAAUAUGUCGAAUGUCAAAAGGGAAUUCUGGAAAAACAGUGCAAGAACGUCACCGAUAUUGCCAAGAAAUUGAUCCCCUUCAACCAGGUCGCCUUUGCGAUCUUUGAACAGAAAUCCGAUUUGGCUACCUGUGCCGAGAUCACGAAUGACAGUGAAACGCGUUCCAAAAGAAGAUUUCGAGUCACGGAUUCAUGUCGGAGUGAUCACUUUCAAUCAUUGGACGAAAGUCGUGCAGCCGAUGGA